AUGAUCAAAUUAGUGAAGACUGGUCCAGACGGCCUUAUCGAGGAUUCGCAUCCUGAGCCGCGCACACCGGCCGACCGAUCCAUCCGUCCGACCAGGAAGGCUUCGUCCCAUGACCGGCCAAGAUUCAUCGGCCAAAAUAUCCAUCCGUCCGAUCCCGUCGGCCGAACACGAAAACUCUCGGCCACGAUCGUUCCGACCGUGCCGAUAGCCGACCACGACCCGAUAGCCGGCCGACCGUCCCGACCGACCGUCCGAACGGUCCGAUCGACCCGAAGCCUGUUUCACACGUUUUCACGGCCCGGCUUGACCUAA